GUUCUCUGCCCUGACACCACACAACUCUGUGAAGUGGCUUGAAGGAAGCCGUCUACACUCUCUGGCUGUGUACUGUAGACUAAAACAGCAUGGGAGACUUCGAGCAGUAUGAGCAGGACUUCUACCAGACAGGAUAUUACACAGAUGACCAGGGUCAACCUGUGGCCUAUUACAAUAUCUACGAUCCCACAAGCCCUGAUUACUAUGGCGCUGGGGAACAGGCUUCCACGCCAGAUGCUCUUGAUCCGUCCAUGCAGCAGUACACUGGACAGUUCUACCAACCUACAGUGUCUUCUGGUACUGGUGGAGGCGCAGGGACAGAUUCUCCUGAGGAGGAACCACCUCUUCUCGAAGAGCUUGGCAUCAGUUUUGAUCACAUCUGGCAGAAGACGCUGACAGUGCUGAACCCCUUCAAGCCUGCAGAUGGCAGCAUAAUGAAUGAGACUGAUCUGACCGGUCCCGUCCUCUUCUGCAUCACACUGGGGGUCUUUUUAAUGAUGGCAGGUAAAGUCCACUUUGGUUAUAUAUACGGGCUCAGUGCCACAGCCUGUAUGGGGGUGUACAUUCUGCUGAGUCUGAUGAGUACUGUGGCAGUGUCUCAUGGUUGUGUGGCCAGUGUCCUGGGCUACUGCCUCCUGCCCAUUGUGGCCCUCUCUGCAUUUGCUGUCUUCUACUCUUUGCAAGGAAUGCUGGGUACAGUUCUGGCCUUGUUAGUGAUUUGUUGGUCUAGUUUCUCGGCCUCCAAGAUCUUCAUCUCCACCCUCGGUAUGGAGGGCCAGCAGAUGCUGGUUGCCUACCCAUGUGCCCUGCUCUACGGACUCUUUAUACUGCUCGCCGUAUUUUGACUGGCACUUAAUACAACCCAUAGUAUUAUCAUCAUUAUUACAGUUUUUAUUAUUUAUCUGUUAAGACGUCACAGGGGUAUUUACCGAGCAUUUUGUGGAUGACUGCAUGUUACAGAGCAUCAGCUCCACACUGAUCUCUGUUCUUAUAAAUGAGGCAAAAAUGUUCUCAAUGCUCUAUAUGCUUUGAUUUGUUCUCUUUUCCAUGUCGAUGUUUGUUCUCUUGAUUUAUGACGUUUUCUUUAAACACUGUGCUGACUGUAUGUUUUCCACUCUUUUUUUAUGCUCAUAUUGAAAAUGUGCCUCUAUUCUCAUCAUACACCCGAACAGUCCAUCGGCCAACAACUCACAAGAGGAAAUAACACGGAAGAAAACAUUCAGUGUGAAGUCUUAAUAUCUGUCCUCAUGUGUAGGCUGUGCCAGUGAGUGACUACCUGAUACUCAGCGUUCAUUGUGCACCGAGCCGGGUUGUUAACCCUACAUUUGGACUGUAUUUUCUUGUUGACAUCUCAAAGCGAUUUACAGUACAAGGCACAUUCAUCCGUCCCCACACAUUCAUACAGCGCUUCUAUGUGCAGCACUUUUUCUAUUGCACACCAUUUUUUAUUACACAGACUGUUGGUAAAGCCAUCAGGGGGAAUUUGGGAUUCAGGAUCUGUACCAAGGACACUUUGGAAUGCAGACCGCAGGAGCUCGGGAGUUUACAAUGGUAUCCUACAGUAGCCAUUUUCUCUAAAGACAUUAGAGGGAGCCACAACAUCAGCUUAGAAUGUGAAAAAUACUCAGAGUGGCUGAGUGACUACAAACGUCCCACAUCUCAAAGAGUGGUACAAGCUGAAACGCCUGUAUGUUGGUUAUAUGGGUCCAGUUGUUGUUUUGCGUGUUCCCUCUUCAACACGCUGCCGUCUCAUUCUGCUCGUUGCAGAAAACAAAAAGCUGUAACGGCCUCGAGUGGAGAACCCACCACAUGAGUGUGAACGGGGACUGGGGAGUGCGUUGACACCGAGCCGGGGAGCACUGGGCGAAAUGAAACAGGGGCACAUUUUUUUCACACAACUUCCAUGAUGU